AUGUCGGAUCCUUCCGGUCUCCAGAAUGGGGGAAUUUCCCUUCGUCCCCAGGAUGUCAAGAAAUCUCGAGAUGAAUCUGGCGGAGGAAGUUUUGGAGGAACAGUUUCGAAAACGUCUCCGGACGGAAAAGAGCAUUCGUCACCUGGGGAUUCUUCAAUGGCAUUUUCGCCUCAGUGGCUUACCGCGAAGCACUCGGACUCGCGUAGUCCUGUCGGUCAGGACCCUUCCAAGCCGAUGGGAUAUGGCCGAGGCAGCGAGGCACCCGGCGGAAAGUGGAAGGUAGGCCGGGGAGCAGGCGCAGGCGCAGGCGCAGGCGUAGGCGGCAUUUCCGCGGGAGGGGUAGCGGGCGCGCCGCCGGACGAGGCGAAGCGGGAGCGCGACUGGUGGCGCAGCGCGGGCAUGGAGCGCGACAGGCCGAGCGACCGCUGGGGGGAGGACGAGCGCGAGCGCGAGAGCGUGGGGGGGAAGCCGCGCAACGAUCCCCGUUGGGGGUCCAUACACGCCCCGCCGCUAGGGGGGGAGAGCGGAAAGGAGGCGGGGGAGGGGGGCGGGUACGUUAAGAAGGAGCGCUGGGUGGAUCCGCCGGGGAUGGGCGGUCCCCGCGCUGGGCUUGGCGCGGGGGGAGAGGGAGGGAGUGUGGAUUACCGCAAGGAGCGGUGGGCGGAUAGCGGUACGCGGAGUUUCGACCAGCGCCGCGAGACCAAGUGGGGUUCGCGCUGGGGCAGCGCGGAGGAGAAGGACAAAGAGAAGGACAAAAGCGUUGUUCACAGCGAGAGCUGGGGGGAGAAAAGCGGGCAUGUCGGAGGCGGGUUGCGCGAGCGCGGAACGCCGGAGUCCGCGCAGGGCGGGGGGAGUGCGCGCUGGACACUGCCGGGGGAGAAGGAAUCGGACAAACCUAGGGAAUACGAGAGAAGCCGCCCCGCUAUCGGCGCUCGAGACAGCGACAGGGGGAAAGAAGCUGACAAAGAUGGCGGAGGGGCUGUCGGGGCUGGGGCGGGCGGCGCGGCGGGUCCCGGGGGCGGUAGCUCCGGGGGAGCAGGAAGCGGAAGCUGGACUAGAGACACUACCGCGGGGAGGUCAGAGACGGGGGGAAAGUGGCGCCCGCAGUCGAUCGCGGGACGGGGGCGCGGAGAGGCUCCGCCAACGGGCACCGCUACAUCCUCCGCCGCCCCCUUUUCCAAGUUCCAGCCAGGGUUUGGGUUCGCGGGUCGCGGGCGCGGAACCCCCGACGGCGCAGGUGCAGGCGGAGGCUCUUCCGCGCUUGUUGCUGGCGGAGGGGGCGGAGGCUUUGCGCGGGGACGCGGAUUUGGCGGGGGCGCAGGGGGGAGCUGGGAUGUCCCGGGGCAGGGCUCCAGGGCGCAGCAUAUCGGCGCUCCUCCGCUAGAGUCUGGCGGAGCGGGCGCUCCGCCAUCCGCGGAGACGUUCAGGUACCCGCGCGCGCGGCUGCUGGAGAUCUACCAGGCGCACAAGCGCGCGCCGGAGUUCAGCGCGGCGAUCCCGGGGGAGUGGUCUGAGGCGCCCGCGCUUCUGGGGUCAGAGCCGCUGGUGCCCAUGGCGCUGGUGGAAGCGAGCGCGGAGGAAGAGGUGAGCGGAAGGGGGGCGUGCGGGGGUAGCUGCCGUUUGGGUGCGGCGCUUGCGCUUCUGGGGUCGGAGUCGCUGGUGCCCAUGGCGCUGGUGGAAGCGAGCGCGGAGGAAGAGGUGAGCGGAUGCGGCAGACUGGCUGUAAUGGCGGCGAUUGAGAGCGGGGAGAUCGUGAACAGUGGCUUGGUGCAUACGUCCAGGGACAAGGACGCCUCAACGCGAGACAAGGAGCGGGACAGGGAGGGGCGGGACGCCAAUAAUCAAGCUGCAGCACAAGAGGCCGACAAGCGCACUCCCGCGCACGCCUCAGGCACAGCAGCAACCACCCACCCAACCGACCACCCCACCCAACCCUCACCAGCUUCACCUCCCCCAGGCUCCACCUCCCUCUCUCCCUCCCAAGCCAAACCCGCCGCCCCCUCCAUCCCACCUGAAAAGCUCCUGCUACAGUACCGCGACCCUCAGGGGGAAGUUCAGGGGCCGUUCCCAGGAGAGGACAUCAUGGGGUGGUAUGAGGCGGGGUUUUUUGGACUGGAGUUGCCAGUCAGGCCGGUAGAUCCGGCGACAGGGGAGGCGGCACCUGGAGUGCAGUUUUUGCCGCUGGGAGAUGUUAUGCCGCAUCUGAAACCCUCUGCUAAGGACGCUCCGUUAGAGCAGCUGCUGCAGCACCCGCCUAUAACGGAUCUGCUUAUGCGCGUACAGCAGGAGGUGGUCCAGCAGAGGGAGCAGCGGGAGGCGCAGCUGAGGGAGGCGCAACUGAGGGAGGCGCAGAUGCGAGAAGCGCAGUUGAGGGAGGUGCAACUGAGGGAGGUUCAGAUGCGGCUGCAGCAGUCUCUGGCUCUGGAUACAGGUGCUUCCGGGGGGGGUUUACCUGGGGGAGGGUUGCCUGGGGGAGUGGGAGUGGCAGGUGCGGGUGGGUUACCUCACGUGUUGGCGAAAGAGGGCGGGUUACCAGAGGUUGACAAUCAGGCAGAGGGCGGUGCCUAUGCUGCUGUGCAGUCCACCCAGGCUGUAAUUCAAACCUCCCAGGCCGUAGCUCAGGUAGGGGAAGGGUCUGGGGGGACAGAGCAACAGGAGCAGCAGCAGCAGCAGCAGCAGCAGCAGCAGCAGCAGCAGCAGCAGCAGCAGCAGCAGCAGCAGCAGCAGAAAGAGGAAGGGGAAGGGGAGGGACAGGCGCCGACGGGAUUGGCAGAUCAGGGCGAGGGGGCAGGGAAGGGAGAUGAGGUGGCGGCUGCUGGGGAUGCAGAUCCGGAGGAAGGGCAGGGAGAGGCGUUGGAAGCUGGUGCUAAAGGGAAGAAGGAGGAGGCUGUUAACGAGGAUAAGACAGGUGCGGAUGACAUGGAUGAGGGCUCUCAAACGCUUUCGAAAAAGGAGCUAAAGAAGCUGAAGAAGAAGAAGCAGAAGGAGGAGCAGAUGCAGCUGCUGCAGGAACGGAAGGAGAAGGAGAAGGAAAAGGAGAGGGAGAAGGAGAGGGAGAAAGAGAAGGAGAAGGAGAGGGAGAAGGAGAAGAAGGAGAAGGAGAAAGAGAAGCAGAAGCAGCAGCAGAAGCAGAAACAGCAGCAGCAGGUUUCCACCGCAGAGCCAAGCACCAAGCCCCUCUCUUACAGCGAAAAGGCAGCAGCAGCAGCAGGAGCAGGAGGAUUAAGCAUUACCAUCAGCAGCUGCUGCAUCUCCCGCACCCGCUGCUACCUCCCCAGCUGCCACCGCCGAUGCCCUUCCCAAGCCAUCCACCCCGCCGUUGACCCUCUCUUUUGCUAUUGCUUGUUCUCUGUGGACUGCAGUAAGGAGGUACCAGCAGCAGCAGCAGCAGCAGCAGCAGCAGUGGAGACCAAGUCCAAGGGGUCCAAGAAGAAGGGUGCCAAGUCAACCCAGUCAGCAGCAGGCGCAGCGGCGUCGGCUCAAGUGCCCCCUGCAGAGCUCCGGGCAGCUCAGGAAUUCCGGCAAUGGUGCGAGGCCAACAUCCUCAAGCUCACGGGCAGCCCUGACCUCACGCUCAUAGACUUCUGCAUGUCGCUCCCCAAGGCAGCGGACGACCAGGUGCGCCAGUACCUCUUCCAGUACCUCGGCUCUGCUCCCCCCCGGACGACCAGGUGCGGUAGUACCUCUUCCAGUACCUUGGCUCUCACUUCCACGUCUGCUCCCUUUCUUUCCUCUCUCUACCCUUCCUUCUCCUCCCUUACCUUCCCCUGCCAUGCAGACCUCACGCUCAUAGACUUCUGCAUGUCACUCCCCAAGGCAGCAGACGACCAGGUGCGCCAGUACCUCUUCCAGUACCUCGGCUCUGCUCCCCCCGCCUCCGCCUUCACCUCCUCCUUCCUCUCGCGCCGCGCCGCGCUCUCCCCGUCUGCUGUGCGCGUGGCAUUCCCUUUGAGCGAGGCGGUUAUUCAGGAUGACUCGUCGCUGCUCAGUGGUAGUGGCGGUGGCGGUGGCGGUGGUGCUGGUACUGGUGCUGGUGGUUCUGGUGGUGGUGUCGGUGGUGGUGGGAAAAAGGGUGCGGCAGGGCAAGGUUCGGCGUCCUCUCGUGCCGGUGCCGGACCUGCGGGUUCGGCUCGAAAUGAGGCGCAGAAGGUGACUGCAAGUGGGUCCGGGUCUGGGAAGGCUGGGAGUGGUGGAGGUAGUGGUGGUGCUGGUGCUGGUGCUGGUGGGGGUGCUUCUGGGGGUGGUGAAGGAGGGGCGGAGGGGGCGGGAGGGAAGAAGAAGGGGAAGAAGGGAAAGAAGGUGGUCGAUCCAUCGCUGCUGGGGUUCAGUGUUACCAGUAACCGCAUCCUCAUGGUAUCAAGGCGUCAACGUGCUGUAGCUCCCCGCGCGUCCAGCUCGGAUGACGCGGAGCGAAGCGACUCGAGUGGCGGCGCUGGCGACACUCACGCGCAUCGUGCCGAGGCGCCGUCCAACGCGCAGCGUGCGGGAGUGUGGCUGACUGCGGCUGCUGCAGCGGCGGCGGUUGUUGCGGCACCUUUUGCGGUCGCGCCUUGCGCUCUCGCCGACUUCAAGACAUACAACCACGCUUAUCUACGCGGCGCGGACAUGUCCAAUCAGGACCUUUACCGAUCCAUUUUUGCCGCAUGCGACUGCCGGCUGAUCAACCUAAGCGGGUCGAACCUAGCUGGCAGCACCGACACCUUUGCAGGCUUUGAGCUCGCCAACCUCGAGAACACCAACUGGGAGCGUGCUCUUGCUGACCGCGUUGUUUUCAAAGGGGCCAACCUUCGCAACGCAAACUUCACCAACGCCAUCCUCUCUGGAUCGCAAUUUGAAGGCGCUGAUGUGACUGGAGCAGACUUCACAGAUGCCAUAGUAGACAAUGCUCAAAGACGGCUGAUGUGUCGCGAGGCCAAGGGAGUGAACCCAGUGACUGGGGUAGAAACCAGGGAGAGCCUUGGCUGCUGA